GUAGGCUUGGCACCCCAGCAGCCAGUCAUCAAGGUUUUUGUUUGUCGGCACCAGGCCAAGGGCAGUUCGAAGGCGAGACUGGAGGGAGGCUAACGAGGUGCCCCUGCAGGUGUUUCCCGACGGGCCCCCAACAUGAGGGCCAGCGUGGGCGCACGCAUGGAGGCGCUUGGUUGCCACUGCACCACAGCUAGCAAUGGAGGCUGGCCUGGCCGGCUGAUGGCAGGGCGAGGGGGCAUUUCCGUAGCGAGCCAGAGCCCAUCACAGUGACGGGCCCACGACACGACGGGAGCUCACGAAACUUGAGUUCAGCUCCAGGUUCAAUGUCUCCAUCCACCACCUCCCAGAUCCUGGCCAGGAAAAGGCGCAGAGGGAUCAUCGAGAAACGUCGCCGGGAUCGAAUCAAUAACAGCUUGUCCGAGCUGAGGAGACUGGUGCCAAGUGCUUUUGAAAAGCAGGGAUCAGCUAAACUGGAAAAAGCUGAAAUUCUGCAGAUGACUGUGGAUCACUUGAAAAUGUUGCAUACAGCAGGAGGCAAAGGCUAUUUUGAUGCCCACGCUCUUGCUAUGGACUAUCGGAGUUUAGGAUUUCGAGAGUGCCUGGCUGAAGUAGUCCGGUACCUUAGUAUUAUUGAGGGUCUGGACACUUCUGAUCCUCUUCGAGUUCGACUGGUGUCUCACCUCAAUAAUUAUGCCUCUCAACGGGAAGCAAGUAGUGCCCAUACGGGCAUUGGACAUAUUCCUUGGGGCAGUGCCUUUGGACAUCAUCCUCACAUCACUCACCCGUUGUUAUUGCCUCAGAAUGGGCACGGUAAUACCAGUACCACAACGUCUUCCGCAGAACCACAUCACCAGAGCAGAAUUGCUGCUCCACAUGGUGAAACGUCUUCACUGAGACUGCCCCCUAAUGGCAGCAUUGGACCAGUGCUCCCUGUGGUCACCUCUACUUCCAAACUAUCUCCUCCUCUACUGUCCUCCAUGGCAUCUUUGUCUGCGUUCCCCUUUUCAUUUGGUUCGUUCCAUUUGCUGUCGCCUAAUGUACUCAGUCCAUCUGUACCAGCACAGUCGGCAAACCUUGGCAAGCCCUAUAGACCGUGGGGGACUGAGAUUGGAGCCUUUUAAGAACUAAUGGUUUAGCACAGGGUGAGGGAAGCUUAAAAACUCGGCUGAGCUGGUUUUAUUGCCAACUUCAGUUUUAAGUUCUUAAGUAACUGAGGCAAAGGUACAGUUCAAGCUUAAGAAAGUUUGUCUAAAAGCUGAAGUGUUUUGAGUUUUUUACAUUUUUGUAUUAGCAGAUUUAAAAAAAAACAAAAUGAGUUGUUGAAGUUUGUCCAAAAAUAAAAUCACACUAGUACGUUAACACUUGUGAUAGGUUUAUGCUGAGUGUUUAACUCAUUUUGUAAACAAUUUGUCUCAAAUGAUUCCAUUUUGCCUGAGAACAUUGGACCUUUUUUUAACAUUUAGUGUAUUUUUGUCUAUUUACUGUUAGUGACAGCUUAUUUUUAGUUUUAAUUUUUCAAAACUGCUAUUCUCAGCAUUAACAUAAUUUGUGUUUUUGUUAAUAUUUUGACAUUGAGAUGUUCUAUAAGGAAAUAUUCUUUUGUAAACUAUAUUCUGAAUUUUAUAUUUCUGAACAAAGCGUUGACAAAUCAGAUUGACCAGGUUUAUGCCAGAAAAGGAAUUCUGUGUCACGGGCUGGGUGGGUUCGGUGAUCUUAUCCUAGUGGACUUUUAUCACAACUCAGAACCACUGCAUUAUUUCUUUUGGCAUAAGGAGGGGCAGUUUUUUUGCUCAAGAGCAAACUACUGCUAGAAUAGCAAAGGUGCUACUGAUCAAGUGUGAAUUGUUUUGGUGUUGAUAUAGGUGGGGCCCUGGGGGAGGGAGACCAACACUUUACACCACUUUACUGGCCAGAGCCAAUAGUAAAUGUUCUUUCAAUUGUGUGGGCUCAGAACCUGAUCUUGGUUACAACGGAGUACCCUAAAUUUAUACUUGGGUAACUGAUUUCACCCCAGGAGCUUCAAAUUUGCACCUAAAAUAAAUUGUGGUGGUAUUUAAAUAGCCAAAGGAAUGGUACAGUGGAAACCCCUUCCGGGCAUAAGCUUGUUUGGUAACAAAUGUGUUCUCUUAACUGGUCAAUUUUCUAUUGUAUUUUACUUUGAGAUGCACCCAGAGGUGAUUCCACAUAUUUUACAAGGGCUCUGCUGUAUUCUUGUAUAUAUUCUAGUUUGGGUUUCAUGAGACUCUCAUUUGGAACAGGUUUAUUCUGUCAAAAGGUAUUCUUUAGUGGGCUCCACUGAAUUGGGUUUGGUCGCUUUUGUAUUUGUGGCUAAAUAAAGGAGAAAGAACAAACUAUUAUGAAUGACAUUU